AUGCCACGCAAAGACUUUCUGCGUGAUCUCGCAGAUGCGGCAGUUCCCGGCCAAUUCUCCUGUCUCUCUGAUAUCAAAACAGGGGACUAUGAUGGAUCGAUUUCCUUCAAAUUUACAGCACCUGGGGCAAGCCUCACCCUUGACCUCCAGGCUAUAGUGUCGGACUCUCACGAUUAUCCCAAGGACCAUGACUUUUUGGCCUUCUCAUCGUCCGAGAGCUGUUCCAAGACAAUCACCUCCUCCCUGGAAAAUGCAGUGCCCCUUUUUACAGGCUUAACCAUUCAUGAUUUGUUGAGAAACAUUGAGAAUAUCAUCAUCAACUCGACAAUCGACCCUGAUCCAGCAUCUAGUCACUUAGAGGGCCCAGGCACUCGCGACUUCAACGGCGAUGAGUCGGCUACCAGUGACACCGAUCCUAACUGGGAGUCUGAUGAGGAAAGCAAACUAUUUACACCCACUCAAAGUGAAACCGAGCUACGAGGGAAGAUUCGCCGUGACCUUCGUGCGGUCAAAAACGCGGGAUUCAAAGUGGGAUACCUGGGGUCAACACAUGGCACCAUCAUUGUAACAGUCUCUUGUCGCAUUUCUAAGCUUGGAAUUUCCCAGGAAGCUAUGAAUGCCUGGAGCGUUGAACCAUCAGAGUAUUUUGUUUUGCUGAUCCGUUAUCGACCGACCUACCUUGAUCUCCAAGCAAUUAUCGACACAGUAGGUGAUCCGAAGAAUAUACGGGUUCAGAUGCAUGUUGGCCUCUGUAAUUCAUACAAGCCAUCAUUUGAGCACGCCAUGGCUGUCAUAAAUGAGUCACAGGACCAACAGAUGAAAGACAAGAGUAUAACUUCGGCCAAAACAAUGUGUGGUCAUCUUCUCAGGCCGCUGUUCAUUGGUAGAUCGCUCGAUUUACUUCUCGAAGAGCGACUGCUUGGGAUCAUCAAUCUUCGACUAAAACAUGGGUUUUCAUGGACCGGGGCAGAACUUUACUUCCAGACAAAUCAAGGCAGGAUUUAUGCCAGCUCCGAGAUCUCUCCCGAGGAGUACCAUCAGUCGGACAGCUGGGCCACUUCGACGCUAGAGAUCCUUGUGGCUGAUCAUAUGAUUGAACUGGAUCGCAAUAUCUCUAAUUUGUCUUUGCCUCUUCUUGCCAUGCAAUUUACCCUGCGACAUUUUAUCAAAUGCACGGAGUUCUGCCUGGUUUGUCACUGCAAGACUGGUGAUACCUUCGAAGCACUAAAGCCAUAUGUAUGCUCCAACGCGUUGUGCCUGUAUCAAUACAUGGCGCUGGGCCUGGGCCCAAGCCUUGAAUACGAGAUUCGCUACCAACCAUUCGUCGUUGACUUGCUGACCAGCCUGGCAUACGCGAGGGCUUCAGCCGGGCUGCUUGAAGACUUCCCGACUGGUCUUCGGCUGCGCGUGCCUGCGAAACUGUUCCCUCAAACAGAGGCAGAUCGUACUUCAUAUCAUAUUGGACGAUUAAAUAUAGCCAAUCUUGAAAUGUGGUUGGAAAAGCCAACUCUGGUCAAAGUUGGUGAUUGGAUUGUCGUCAUUGCUACGGUCGCAGUGACAGAGGAAUGGCAUUGUCGUGUUGAACAUGUCGGUGAGACCUCGAGUCAUGUUCUCAUCUCACCUCCAAUUAGGCAAGGCCAUCAACUGCAGCCAGAGGACUUGCGGGCUCCGCCCCAGGAAGUGCAUUUUUUUGUCUACGACACCAAUCUGGACGAUUUGACACCCAUAAAAAAGCAGCAGAUGAUUUCCUAUCUAUUGGGAAUGCUCCCUAGUAUAGGCGAGAUGAAGACCUUCAUCGGAAGUCACGAAAGGGGCAGGCUUCUUUCAUCAUGGAAAGAAGUCAUAUCUCCCGCUGGAUUGGACCUUUUACGCUGGGUUGUCGCCUCAAACCGAUCUUUCAUCAAACAAGAUGACGAUGAGCCCCGGCACCAGGUAGUUGGAAUGAGCAAUUACGUCCAAUUCAGACUUGUUCAAGGCGCUGCUGAUAAAGAGCAGCGCUUUAUCAGCGCCGUUAAUUCCAAUUCCUUGGCCGAGAAUCCCCAUCACCCUACUAUAUUCGCCUGGCAUGGAAGCUCUGUGAAUAAUUGGCACAGUAUUCUUCGUGAGGGGUUUCACUUCAAGCGAAUUGCCCAUGGCCGUGCGUCUGGUGAUGGCGUUUACAUGUCGAACAACUUCUAUACCUCAUUGGGUUACACUAUGACACAAUUUCCUCCCACAUGGUCCGAGAAUCGACUGAAGCUCUUGACGGUGAUUUCUCUGAACGAGGUCGUCAAUGCCCCCCAGAAGUUUGUGAACCGCAACCCACACUAUGUCGUGCAGCACUUGGACUGGAUCCAGCCAAGGUAUCUUUUCGUCAAGCUUCAAGAUUCCAAUGCACCGGGUAUGGCAGAAAGACUAGGUAAAUCUGUGUACGGGAGUAUCCCCAAGAGCUUAACACCGCAGUCAUCAUCAUACAAACAUGAUGAAAGCCUUAUGUACAAGCAAGAUAGGCGUUAUCUGGCUCUUGGCCCCAGCGGACACCCGAUCAAAAUUCCCAUCUCGAUAUUCAGCGGCCAACGAGGGGAACUUCUUCGUACUGCCAGGGAAACUGGGCUUGCAGACCCUGUACCGUCAUCUAAGAGAUGCACCAAGAGACGCAAGUAUUCAGUCGAAAAUAUCGAACAAUAUGACAAUGACGACAGUGCAAGUAUUGAGACGACCAUCGAUGAUCUUAACAUUCUUCUAUCCGACGAUGAAAUGUCUGAGAGUCCCCCAUCUGAAAGUCUCCCAGGUUCUAGCUUGCAAGCAAGAGCUGUCCCAGAGACUGGCCUCAAAACCGAUUUCCGACCCGGAACCCUACAGGGUAAUUCUUUGCCUACACUUUCUCCGCCCCAGUUUGCAACGACCUCAGCCACAAAGGUCCUGCAGCGUCAUCUCCAGGCUACCCUUAAAAUCCAGGAGCAAGUGCCACUCCACGAGCUCGGAUGGUACGUCGACGUCAACUUGAUUACAACAGUCUACCAAUGGAUCGUGGAACUGCAUACGUUUGAUCCGACCCUCCCACUAGCUAAGGACCUCACAGAUAUCGACCAGAAAAGCAUCAUCUUGGAGCUCCGAUUCCCCCCUCAAUUCCCCAUGAAUCCACCCCUCGUACGAAUCAUUCGCCCACGUUUUCUCGAGUUCGCUGCCGGAGGUGGCGGCAACAUCACCGCCGGCGGCUCUAUGUGCAUGGAACUGCUUACACACUCGGGCUGGUUACCGACGGCUUCGAUCGAGAGUGUGCUGUUGCAGGUUCGCAUGGCUAUUACCAAUACUGAUCCAAGACCUGCGCGUCUGAAUCUACGUCGCGCAAAUAUCGACUAUUCAGUGGGUGAGGCGGUGGAAGCCUACAGAAGAGUUGCAACGGCGCAUGGAUGGCAGAUUCUAAAGAAUAUCGAGCAACUUAUCUGGUAA